AUGUUCGUUGUUGGAGACAACUGUGCAGUCAACAAGCGCUUGGCCCAUCUCAUGGGUGUUCCGCUUGUUGGCUGCGCCAGCCACCGCCUGAAUUUGGCGGUGCGACGGUUUCUGAAGCCGGGGUCAACAUUCGCGAUGCUGGAUCGCUACCUGGCUCUUCGUGAGUAUAUAAGUGCGGAUGACGACGAGCUGGCGGAGGUGAUGCCGUCACCGGCAGCCAACCGCAGAUUAAAAGCGCUCCUGGUCGAGAUGGCAGAUGUCGAGUCAAUUUCGAAGAAAUUACAGUCGAUAGACCUCAACCUGCUCGACGAUCGUGACCUUCUCAACGGACUGCUCGAGAUCAAGCCGUCUUUGAGCCACUACCUCGCACCGAACUCGGAUAUUGUUCACUCCCCCGAUUUCGAGUUGGGGAAACCCAAACCGUACGGCUUCUACGUGAUUUUGACUACCAAGGAAGGAGAACUGGUGCAUGUGAAGCACGUGGCGUGGAAGCACAAGGUCAAAGUCUCGCUCUCUAUGCCAAAGACCAGCGUGGACUACGAGUUGCACGUUUUGUCAGAUGCGAUUGCCGGGAUCGACAGCUCACACGUCACUCCAGCUUAA